AUGAAUGUCUUACCUAAAGUACCCGAAACGGACGAAUGCAUACAUAUUGUUCAACUACUCCGGGGCAAUGAAACUGUUCACCGAUCAGUUACCAUGCUCAAAAGUCUCCUGUACUUCCAACACCGACUCCCAGCAAAUAAGAUAGAAGUAACUUCGACCUCCACAUGCUUGAAUGACACACGUGCGGAGUACACACGCACCGCCAUUCAUGUGCAUGUCAUUGUGGAGAGGGCAACACUCCCGUUGGUCCAAGCCACAUACAGCAAGUGGAAUGUCAAGGACUUUUACUGGCAUUUUUAUGACAUGGACAAAUACCUGCAUCUGGGGAAGUGGAUUCCUAACAGGCAUGAGUCUGGGAUAACUAGUCUGAUGAAGAUUUUUCUACCAACAAUGUUACCCGAUCGAUUGGAGAAAGUGAGUUAUUUUGGUUGA